AUGGACCCAAAUAGCAGAGACAACUCGCUCGCUGCGCCCGUACACCGGGCGCUCUCCAAAGGCAACAUUAGCUCCUCUGCGACAUCUGUCACAAGCAGCGACGGCCACGGCGAUGCUGGCAGCGACCUGCAGAGUUCUGGCGACGGCGUGUUUGACAGGAGGAAGAGUCGCGGCUCCGAAGACGCUAAUAGCGAGACGUCUUCGCACCGCCGCAAGCUGUCGAGAAUGUUCAAAGGUCGCAAAGGACGGCGCAAAUCCAUGCAGGACGACAUCUCUCCGGGAGAAUUGAACCAAGACGUGCCGCCCCUGCCGGACGUUCCCAUCAUCAGGGCACCUGGUGACGACCCGCGGUUCCGGAGCGAGGAGUCGUUGGGGCUUCACAAGAGUGUUCCGAGCAGUCUCCUGAUCGAAGACUCAGAUACAGAAUCCUCCCCAGUACGGCCUGGUAUAUCACCGCACCCUUCCCACGCCGGCUAUCUCACGCUUUCCUCGCCAUUGAUCAAUUCUGAGACCCUCGAUUCUGUGGCGCAGUCUGAAGCCACACUUAUAGACUCUAUCGCCUCCUCCGAGGAGCCGCCAACCCCACGACACGCUCAGACCAUCGACGUUGCUUCAGCCAAGCGGGGCACUUCACCCGUGAACAAGCUCAAAGAAGCUUUUGUGCCUGCACGACGGUCAACCGCUCCAAAGCCGCCGUCCGAUACAGUUGAAGCUGCGCGACCGAGCACUAGUGGAGGCCUGGGAGUGCUUUUCGGAGGAAAGAAGCGGGACACCAGACUUGUGGAUGAUAGUGAGCUUCAGGCAUCACCACCACAGAUCCACGACAAUAGGGACACUCAGUCUACAUCGUCAUUGCCAAAACCUGGCCCCCAACGCAUCUUCACCCAAAUCCCUGCGACCCCACCAAAUCUGAUAGAUGCACCCACCACCCUGGUGACACCACCGACACCGACAGAUGUCCGACCUGCUUCCCCUGCGUCAACCUCAAGCGUGAAGAACGGGGGUAAGCACGGUUCUGCCCAGUCAAACCCGAAUGUGGUCGUCUCACCCUCGGGUAAUAUGAUAUCCCACAGACGAGCGCGCUCAGCCACAAAUCCCCCUAGUAAACUGUCCAAUUCUAUCGCAGCGCCUUUAACGCCUACAAUAGAGGAAGCUAAGACCCCUGGUGGUACUGCCGUUCCGCCUCAGUCUCCCAGUGGAUUUUUCUCCUCUGUAUUUUCAGCAGCACAAAACGCAGCCAAUACACUGGGCACUACUAUCGCCAACAGCGCCAACCAAACCAAGAAUAAAUCCACGACCCAGCCAAAAUCAGACGACAAAAGAGCUGAAGAGACAGGCGGAGAAGAGGUCAUUGGCCCUGACAACGCUCAGCCAACGGACAGUGCUAGUACUGAGAAGCGAAAACUCGCUGUAGAAACGCUUGGAACCGGAAAUUUGAGUCUGGCACACCUUGGAAUCUCGGAUAGCUCGGAUCCAAGUCCUAUGUCUUCCGCGACACAUUUGCCUCUGAAGGCUGACGAGGCUUCGGCGAGGGCAGCAGACAUGGCUGCGGCCCAGGCGGUAUCGGCCGCAUAUGCUGCAGAACCAUCGACAGCUGUCAAUGGCGAUAGGCCCCGGUCACUCACCACAAACUCAGGGUUAACUACAGCAUCAGCUGGGGCAAUGUCUCCACCGCGACAAACAGAAGUUUCUGAUUCUCCAGCGCCGGCGUCUAUACAGCGUCAGGGCAGUAUUCGAAGCCGCAUAAGUGGUGGACGAAGAAGACGGCAUAGGGGCAGCUCCGCCACCACUGGUAAUACGAUAGCCGCUGCAAUUGGCGCCAGCACACACACCUUGGCACCGCAAGCAUCGCUGAGUGGACAACGCCUCAAUGGAACUGGAUUUGCUGUUGCUUCUUCCAAACGGAACAAGGACUUCCACGCCCUAUUUAAGAGUGUUCCCGAAGAUGAUUAUUUAAUCGAAGACUACAGCGCCGCCCUUCAAAAAGAGAUCCUUCUGCAAGGGCGCUUGUACGUUUCGGAGGGUCAUCUGUGCUUUUCAAGCAAUAUUCUUGGUUGGGUGACGAAUUUGGUGAUCAGUUUCGAUGAAGUCGUUUCGGUGGAGAAAAAGUCGACUGCAGUCGUGUUUCCAAAUGCGAUAGUGAUUCAGACCCUGCACGCGCGUAACGUCUUUGCGUCUUUUCUUACUAGAGACUCGACAUACGAUUUAAUUAUCGGAAUCUGGAAAAUCUCACAUCCCAACCUGAAGUCGUCGCUCAACGGCGUCGCUCUCGAUGGAUCAGGGACAGGCGACAAGACAGAAAAAGCCGAAUCUGUCGUCAGCGAUGAAGGGUCCGAUCAGGAUUCCGAAGAUGAGGUGUACGAUGAGGAUGAGGAAGAAGACGGCAUUGGUAGCUUUACUGAAGCGGGCGAAGGAAGCAUUGCCGGUAGUGAGCAGGAGUCUAUACAUGGCGAGAGUCGCAAACCCAGUGCCUCAAUAGCGCACGCCGUCAGUGGGGGCUCUGCUAAGCUCGUUGACCCGGCCGAAGUUGUAGCAAAUGCAGCACCAACUGCUCAAGACUACCCGGGUGCUGCAACUCAUGCACCCACUGACUGUGGCGACAACGACCAGCACUACGACAAGCUCCUCAUAGAUACAACUAUCCCCGCACCACUCGGGAAAGUUUACAGUCUCAUGUUUGGUCCUGCUUCUGGGGCCUUUAUGAAGAAGUGGUUGGUUGAAGACCAGAAAUCAACAGAUCUGCAGCUUGAAGACGAUGGGAAGGGAUUGGACGACAACCACAAGGCCAUGACCUUCUCAUAUACCAAGCCCCUCGGCGGUGGCAUUGGGCCUAGCAAGACGAGGUGCAACAUCAACUCGACUUUGGAGCAGUACAACUUGGAGAAGGCGGUCACUGUACUUUGCAGCACACAGACACCAGAUGUACCAAGCGGCAACGUGUUCUUGGUGAAGACGAGGUAUUGCCUUAUGUGGGGACCCAACAACAGCACACGGAUCAUCAUGACAUUCGCUGUGGAAUGGAGCGGCAAGAGUUGGCUCAAGGGUCCGAUUGAAAAGGGCGCGAACGAUGGCCAGAUGACCUACGCCACUGCACUCAGCGCUGCGCUACGCACAGCAGUCGUCAGAAACGCUGCUCCAAAAGCGGCCGGCAAAGGUGGCAAAGGAAAGAAACGCUCAAAGAACCAGAUUUCGGAUGAGGCCGCCGUACCAAUACCGGCAGCUACGCCAGCCGCCGCUCAACCUAAAGAGCCGAGCUGGGGCCCAUUAGACCCUCUUCGCAGCCUCUUUCCAGGUCCUCUUGUCAGCAUCAUCGACCUCCUUUUCACUACCCAGAACAUUAUUCUCAUCCUCGGCGCUCUCCUGAUCUACACAUGGUUCUUCCGCUCCUCAGCUUCGCACGUCGGUCCGCACACUCACCUUUCAACCGCCCAGCGGCAAGUGGCCUACGAGCAGAUAUGGCGAUCCGAGGAAGCGGAAUUGUGGAAAUGGCUUGAGGAGCGGGUUGCACUUGACCGCGUUCAUAGCUCCGUGACUUCGGGAGGAGUGUUGCAGGGCCAAGAGAUCCAGAGUCGUCUAGUCGCCGAAGGGAUGAAGGAGCGCCAGAUCGAUGAGGCGAUCAAGACUACGGAGGAAAGACUGAGGGCGUUGAAGGGCGCGGUCAGGCGAGAGAGGGAGACAGGGACCAGGAGCCCACGCGAGGAGCAGACGUAG